CGUGAAAACAAAAGAAGAACAAGCGAGUAAAUUAACAAAUUUGUUUUGAUUUACUUAUUUAAAUGAAUAGAGCGUAAUUAAGGAUCCGCAAGAAUCACAGCUGUCUUCAAAAUGCAGUCCUACAGCGGUUCGGGCAAUCCAGCAGCAGCAGCUUCUACUGGAAACAACAAAAACAAAGCAAUUUUUUUCCCACGUCCACCGACUCCUUGGGACGGAAUGCCGUGGGCGUGCCCUCAACCAGAUGUGGGCGGGAUUAUGCACUUUGGCUCAAACGCUAAUACCAACUAUGGUUUUGAGUCACAUAAACGAAAAUCCUUAGAGCAAUUGGCAACCGUAAUGCCUCCCAAAAUGUUAAUUACCGAAGAGCGAAUCACUCAACAUUUUAGUGGAUUGCAAAUCUCUGGCGAAUCAAAAGUUGGAUCUGGAGUCAAUGGGAGUGGGAAUAAUAAUAGUGUAGCCUCGGUAACCGGUGGUCUGGCUACCGAUGAUAUUCCCUCGACUAGCACUGGAAAAACACAUCAUCCAAAUCCUGCAUAUCAACUGGCGGCAAUGGAGCUUGAGCAAAAACUUCGUAAUGCUAAUCGCAUUGUGAUCUGUGAUGAACUGAAACAGAGUGCCACCCCACCUGUGGCAGCUGCUGGCAUUCCGCCGGAAUGGCUAAUGAAAUCAGUUCCACGUCCCUGCACUGCAUUAGUGCCAUGGCAGCCCCCUGCUCACCAAUUGCCUCUUUCAGUUCUUUCUAAGCAGCGGCCCGAACAACAACAACAACAACCGUCACAACUCCACCAGCAAUCAACAACUAACGAAGAUCUCGAUGAUUACGAUGAUGAUCUAGAGUUCUUUGAGAACAACAACACAUGCAAUGUGAACUUGAACAAGUCUGAUGAACAAAUGGACGAGGAUCUGUAGUCCCACUUGACAUUAAUAAGCUUAAAGUAUCUCUUUCUAUCUAUAGUUAAGUUAAAAGUAUUAUGUAAGAUCAUUUACUCUGGCCUUUUUAUGUAUUUAUAAUAUAAAUUUUAUAUCCACAGUGUAAAACAUAGGUAUUUGAUAUAAUCUCAGUAAAAAGGUCAUGCUUCACAUAAC